AUGUCCAACAACAACAACAGCAUCACCUUUCCAUCAUCUUCUUCGGAAGCACAACUAACCGAUACAGAUCCACUCUUUCACCAUCACUCCUCUCAAGAUUCCUAUGAAAAUGAAAUUUCCGAGUUAUUCACUUCUCUCAAAAACUCAACGGCAAACAGCAACAGUUCAUUCACAAGAUCCGAUUUGGACAAUUAUUCUAAACUGCUACAAAAAUUGAGACAAAAUAUUCAAUUGUAUGAAAUGAAUGAAUUUUCAUCUUCUUCCAACAAACAAAUCAAUUCUCAACAAUACAAACAACAAUUAAAAUAUUAUCAAAAUAGAUACAAUGUGUUAGAGAGACAAUAUUUAUUAAGUCAACAUGUGAUUGGAGGUAAUACUAGUUCACAUAAUGUUGGAAGUGACAAUGAUGAUGAAUUUGAUGACGAUAAUAUUGAUUUGGAAUAUGGUGGUGGUUUUGACUUUUCGAAUAGUAAGAAUAGUCGAAAUACAAGUAAACAUUUUCUUGAAACUCAACGAUUACUAGAGUCGAGUAAUGACAGUUUAAAAAGAUCUCUUCAAAUGAUGGAUGAAACUGAAAAAUUAGGAUCAGAGACACUGCAAGUAUUGGGUGAACAAAAGUCACAAAUGCAACAAACAAAACAUAAAUUGAGAGGUGUUCAAGGAGAUUUGAAAAUUAGUGAACAAUUAAUUGGAAGCAUGACUUGUAGAAAUUAUAUAAUAAUGGGUGUGGUUGGAUUAUUGGGAGUGAUUGUCAUUGUUUUGAUUGGUUUGAUGAUUUAUGGAUGGGUGAGCAAGUUGAAACAAUAA